AAAAUAGUGGAAGUUAAACCGAAACCGUGUGUGUCGCCGAUCGGUCUGAAAUCGAAUACGCGCCCGUCCGUUACCAGAGUUACACCUUGCACACGGGUCACACGCAUAACCUAUACGUUUCGUGUCAACACCUGUUGCAGUGUCGCGCGUCAGUGACAACAACGUCGUCGUAAACGGACAGCCAUCGUUAUAUAAACACCAAAAUUAAUAUUGUACCAAAGUACAUAUAAUAACAUUUUAUACAGCGGCGCUCGUAUAAAUCACGCAAUAUCGCGAAAUGCAACGAGACGACGGUAAGAAUAAUGAUUCCACAGCCGUCCGGGCCGACGAACAGCUGUCGGCCGGCGACGAUCACAAACUGAAACCUUACGACGAAGAGGUAGACAAACUGAUCGAAUGGUUGCGGGACAUGCCUCAUUUGCCAAACGUAAACGAUCGAGCGUGGUUACGAAAUUGCUUCAUUGGACGAAAGCUCCGAAUAGAAAGAACAAAAGAAUCUUUGGAUGGAUAUUUUUGCUGCAGAGCGAUGAUUGACGAGUUUUUCGGCGUCCGCGAUCCUCUCGGGGAUGACGUCCAGACAGCAAUGCGAAAAACGUGGUUUGGGUUUUCAACCAAUUUGACAGACGAGGGUUAUCAGGUCAUAGUAACGAGAAAUCUCACUGAUGAAGACGUUCCCGGCAGAUAUUUAGACCAAUGGACAAAAUACUUUUACAUGUGCAUCGACUGGAACUUGAAGCGGGAAACGGUAAACGGCGUGAUCAUUAUUUACGACAUGGCCACGACGAACAAAAACGAAGUACUCACUCAAGUGACACCAAAUUUUCUCAGAAAGUCUUUACAGUGUUCGACAUUUUUCCCUUACAAGCUUAUACAGGUCCAUUUCAUAAACGUACCAUCGUACGCAGCAGUAGUGUUCAAUAUUUUAAAAUCUCUGGUUCCCAAAAAAAUUCAAUCUCGAAUAUUUAUGCACAAUAAUCCAUCAGAUGUACUACAACAUAUCCAAAAAGAAUGCGUUCCAUCAGAUUUAGGUGGUUCCGAUAAAUCUAUCCAAGAACUGGGUGAAUUCUGUAAGAAGAACAUCAUAGCGGAAAGAGAAAUGUUUAUGAACGGAAUACUAUCAUUAAAAGCAGACAUGGAAAAAAAGCCGAAGGAUACAAACAGCAAUGAACAAUCGGAACUUUUCGGGUUUGAUGGGAACUUCAAGCAAUUGAAUAUCGAUUGAAAAUUUUACUCUGUUAUACUGGUGGAUGCUUAUUAAAAAGCACGAAAAAUACAUUUACAGUUCUUAAUAUUACAACAAAAAUAGUUAGUGUACACGAAAUACAAAUUGUAAUUACAAUCAUAGUGUAAUAUAUACUUUUAUAGAAUUGUGAUAAUUAUGUUUUUUCGUAGUAUCCAUUUCAAGUCUAUGUAUCUUAGAGAUUUUGUCAUAAUUAAUAUUUUAUUAAAAAAUAAACAGACCUAUAUAAACAUUGACUUA